AUGGAAGCAAGACGUUUGGCAUUCCUCGUUAUCAUGGCGACGCUGUUUGCUGCCUGUUCCGCUGGCGACAAAGCAACGGACUUUCUCGAAAAGUACGGCUAUUUGCAAAAAAGUCAUGGAUCGAAUCGUGGGGAGGACCGAAAACCAGAAGUAAUAAAUGCAGCCAUCAAAAAUUUUCAGGAAUUUGCCGGAUUAAAAGUGACUGGAGUCUUGGAUGAAGAAACGCAGCAGAAAAUGGAACAAUCACGAUGCGGAGUAAAAGACAUCUUUAGUACCGAAACACCAGCCGGCAUGCCCGCCAAUCUCAAGCAAGGAGCCGAGAAGUGGCCAAAAAAGGAAUUGACGUGGUCAAUAAAAAACUUCAGUAAAACCUCGAAAAUGUCCCAAGAACAGCAAUUAUAUGCUAUUCGCCAAGGUUUCCGAAGAUGGUCAGAAGUUACUCCUUUAAUUUUCCGUGAGGUGACAGGAAAAUCUGACCUGGAACUGUCUUUCGAGAGAUAUGAACAUGGUGACAAGGAUCCUUUUGACGGAAAAGGUAGCAUUUUGGCCCAUGCUUUCCCACCAGUCGAUGGCCGGACCCAUUUUGACGACGACGAAGAUUGGACAGUAGGAGUGGACCAUGGUACAAAUUUUGAAUUUGUGGCGACACACGAGAUUGGACACGCCCUCGGACUUAACCAUCUACCCGGUAUAGACCCUAUUAUGUCGCCAUUCUACCCGGGAUAUGUACCGAAUUUUAAUCUCCAUCGGUAUGACAUCAUGGAAAUACAGAGACGUUACGGUAAAAGUGAAAGAGCCCCAAGUUCAAACCUACAAAAAUUCUGCGGCCAGAAUUAUGAAAACAUAAACGCUGCCAUGCGAAUAAACGGAAGUGCAGAUUAUCUUUUCGUUGACCGAAAAAUGGUUAUCAGUGGUUUGAGUGGACGAAAGAUAUUUGUUACACGUAUGUUCCCCCGCGGUCCAAAAACGGUAGAUGCUGCUUCCUUCUCCAAGCUGACAAACACGAUCUAUUUGUUCAAGGGAUCAAAAGUCUGGGCAUUCCUUGCAAAGGCACCAGAACAGUUUGUUCUCAAAAAUGGUUUCCCAAAAAAUGUGCUAAAUUCAGAAACCAAGAAACCCGAAGCUGCGUUCAAGAUUAAAGAAAAUUUUGGAAUGGAGACAAUAUUUCUAAUCAAGGAAGGUAAACUUUGGGUGUGGCUACCCUAUGAUGAAAGGUUAGCCCCCGGUAUUGGAUUCCCUGCCAAUGUAAUAUUUCCCGGAAUUCCAGAGCGCAUGGACGCAGCCAUUUCCACUCACUUGCAUUUUCUUCCUUUUUCUUUCUUUCUUUUUUCUUUCUUUAUUUCUUUCUUUCUUUCUUUCUCUUUAUUUCUUUUCCUUUCUUUCUUUUCCUUUCUUUCUUUUUCUUUCUCUUUCUUUCUUUUCCUUUCUUUCUUUUCCUUUCUUUCUUUUUUUUUCUUUCUCUUUCUUUCUUUUCCUUUCUUUCUUUUCCUUUCUUUCUCUUUCUUUCUUUCUCUUUUUUUCUUUCUUUUCCUUUCUUUCUUUUUCUUUCUUUCUUUUUUUUCUUUCUUUAUUUCUUUCUCUUUCUUUCUCUUUCUUUCUCUUUCUUUUUCCUCUUUGUUUCUCUUUCUUUCUUUCUCUUUGUUUCCUUCUUUCUCUUAA